CAAUCAAGCUGUGGGAUAUCUUUGAGGAGAGCCAAGCUUUCAAGUAAAAGUGAAGAGCUGGAGAGAGCUUUGAAGAGGAGGAGGGAGAAAGAAGCACGGCCUUGCUACUUGGAGAGGAUCAGAGAAGACAGGAAAAAAGGCAGUAGGAAAAGCAGCCAGAGGAUAGAGAGGCUGCUUACUAUUGUGAAAGAACACUGGAUUAGGAGUUAGACGAAAGACCGCGGUUUGAGUUUCAUCUUUGCCACCUAAACCCUUACAGGUUCUUUUCAUUUCCAUGGAAAGGUUAGAAUCAGCUUGUCAAUUUCCACAACAAAGCUAACUGGGAUUUCGCCCAUUUACAGAGGAUUGAAAGAUGGCCCCCAAAAAGGUUGUUCCCGCCUGAUUGACAACAUAGUCAUCAUUGGCUUUUGGUUAUGAUUGGUGGGAGCAAAGUGCCGUCUGUGGAGCUGAGGUUGUAUAUACAUCCAUCCUGUGGGACAUCACAGUCUUCACCCAGAACAUCUCUGUGACAGACGGAUUGCUCUCACGUCUGAUGUGGCCUCUGUGUCAUGUCACAUCUGAAACUCCUCUGUACCUCAAACGUAGAAAGGUAUUUGCAUAGGAAUCAGAGGAGUUCAUCUUGUGAGUAAAUGCUUAACGUCUUCGCCUGUUUCCUUCCUUCCUUCUCUCUCUGCCCCGGAUUCUACAGUGCAGCCGCCCCCAGGUCACCAGCGCCUCUGCAGAGCCCACCUCCUCUGCAGCAAGGCAGAUGGCCUUUUCUUCAAAAACAAUGUGGCUCCAAUGCUAGUAGCUGAAGUGAGCCCUAUGGCACAGAUGUACACUAGUCUGAGGUUGUUAGCACCUUCUCGAGGCGCCCCACAACAUUCCGUCUCGCCCUACGACUCACGUUUGAGGAAGUAUUCCCUUUCAUACCCAGAGCUAUCUUAACUCAGACUGCAGCCCCCACCUGCCAGCCUGGAGGGAAACUUCAUCCCAGCCAUUUUUAGGUGUCACCCCAUCCCCCAUGGGGUCUGUCCUAGAACCUGGAGAUUUCCGUGGCACCUGGGAGGUGAGGGACUGGCCUCUGGCCUUCGCUGUAUCGCAACAGUGAUAACUCUCUGCCUCACGGCCACGAGGGAGGCUGCAAUCCUCUUGCCUCAGUGUGGCCUUCCCAAGCGCACCCGGCACAGCUGCGCUCUCAAGGCUUCUGCCCGCUGCCUUGGGGAGCAGAGCUGUGCAAAGGCCCCUUGCUGGGGCCCGACACACCUCCUCCUUCCAGGCGUGGGGGCUGGGGACGGAGGGGAGAGUGUCUGUUUCUCACCCUCCGAUCUGUCCUCUCCUCCUCCUGUCCCAGAAGUUGGGCAGAGUCUCCUUGUUGGGUUUAGAUGUUAACAGAGACAGACUGUGUCUGCCGUCAUCUGGGCUAAAAUACAAGGAAUUACAAAGUCUGCCACCUGUUUUAAACGAGCUAGAAAGGAACACUGUUGGGAGGGCAAACAGUAAAAUUCCAGAGUUGUCCUGCUGGGUUGAUUCGGAGGCCGUAACGAAGGCAAAACAUCACCCAAACACUGGUCACUAUGGAAAUUAAGAGAAGGAGACAGAUUUGAGAGACAGUAAUCCAUACAGCUUAGUCGGUGAGAGAAUCUCUUGUGACGACAGAGCUUCUGACUUUGGAGAGGCUGGGACGUGCCGCAGGGAAGAGAGGGACCUGUUCGUAACGCGGACUCGCAGUCCCACACUCUGGAUGCAAAUCUCACCUCGGCUGCUCACUGGUUGUGUGACCAUGGGCACAUUAAUAUCACUUCUAAGCCUCAGUUUCCCCAUAAGUAAAAUGGGGUUACUACUUCCCACUCAUAUGGUUGUUUGGGGCGUUAAGUAAAGUGGUGAAAACAGUGGCCAUGACCUGGUGAGCAUCCAGUAAAUGUCCGCUGUUAUUACAAAGAGAUACCAUUAGCUAAAUCGGUAAUGCGGGAGGAGCGAGUCUGGAGGGUUAGCUCUGUGGAGCCCCUGCUUCAGAAGAGGUGACCUCCAGGCGCGCUGAGAGGGGCAGGCGCCUGGUAGCUGGAUUCCUCUAGAAUCCGAAACAAAAUUCAGGAUUGAAGAUGGAAGAUGUGGGAGUCCUAUGGCCUCAAGGAGUAGUCACAACCCUGGGCUGGGAGGGGUGCUCCAGGGAUGGGCAAGAAGUUACAGGGCCAGGGGCCAGGCCCGCACAUCUGUUCCAACUGUGAGUGACCCUGCUGCAGCGCGUCCCUCUGUGUCAUCUUUAGAAUGACUCCAUUGUUUGGAGAUGAAUACGAAUAUCCCCUUUAGGGUCUCCACGUCAGAGGUGUCAUCUCAUGGUCCUCUGUGACCCACCUCACUGCAAUGAGAGUGAAUCGUCCACAGUCAGCUAAAUCGGGUGGGCUCCUUUCCGUCUGGAAUUACAGUCUCUAGAAAAUAAAAUAACUCUUUUGGAAGGCUCUUCAAAAGCAAACCUUGCACGCCUUCAAUCUAGAGGAGUCUUUUGCUGAAAACUGAAGCAGAAUUGACAGUGUUCGGAACUUGCCCAUCCUUCCUGCUCAAAUCAUUGGAAAUAAAAAGUCAGUCUAAAGAAUUUUCUUAAGCAAAAUCAGGAGUAGCUAGAAGUGAGCGAGCUGAAACUGGAGGGAAAUUCCUUUGUUCAGUCCAGGUUGCAGUGAAUGCCCAGCAGGCGGCUAACCCAGUUCAUUAACAGAAAAAGACAUGUUCUUAAAUGCUGUUCUCAGCAGCACAUGCCUAGAGAAACAUUGUGACAGUGAAAAUGCGUUCUAGAAAUCCUAGCUCUAGAUUGUUGAAACUUUAGUUUUUGUCAUCAAUGAAUGCAUAAAUCAUUCCCCCCAAAAUAUUUCUCCUUAUUUAAAACAAUUAACUAUCAUGUGUUUACUGUGUGCCUGUGCCCGUUCCUAGAACAACGCAGUUUUUCUUGCUACUCUGGAACUCAGAAACGUCUGUAUUUAGAAUGUUUAAUGUUACAGGGUCAUUUGUUACCAUGUACCUUUUUUUCAUAUAAUUGACAUAUUAAAACCUUUAUCUCUGAUUUUGAGACCUAAAUUCUGACCUGAGAAGCGGUCUGCAAGUAGCAUCCUGUCGAGCUUAGAUGUGCUGUUUUUCCUGCCUGUCUCUUCUCCUCUUUAUUCCCGCUGUCGGCCCUCAUGGCUCUCCCGGGGUCCUGGCGCUUUCAGGUUCUCCGCGCAUUGCUGACUGCUGAAGCCCUCGGCCGGGCUGAGAUGGCAGGUGGGAGCGGGAAGGGCUCCAUCUCCUCCCGCCAGACUUCUCCUCUUUCACUAGUGCUGCAGACAUUGAACAGCUUAAGAAUAAGCUCCUAUGUGAGCCCUCGGAGGCCAAGGAGUAUUGUUGAAUUCAGAAAGGAAUCGCUUUCUUUUAGUGAUAAUUUGAAUAUUUUGACAAUGAAGCUGAGCUACUCCACUGCGUGGUUUGCGUACUUGGUGUCAUGGGCACCCUUCCCAGGAAGCAGAGGAGAGCCCCCACCUCUCUGAAUUCAUAAAUUGGUCUUGUCCAUUGGUGAGAUGGGUAGGAGCAAAAAAGAAUCAUCCAGAAGAAUUCUACUCUCUUGCUUUAAUGUUUUAAAGCCCUUUAAAAAAAAAUUAAUACAGGCUUUUGGAGACCACCCAAUUAAACCUCCACAAUAAAUGCUGAGUAUUUUGAGAAGAGAGAUGGACCAUGAAGAUGAUUUGUGAAGUGUUUAUACAUGCAAAGUGAGGAAUAUGUUUAAAGCAAAUUCCCUGGAUGAUUCAGACAAGGAGCCUACUCACCUCCAAAGGUUUUCCUGAACUGUGAUGGGUUAUUUUUAAACUUUAGUUGUCUAACAAUGGCUUAAUUUUUCCAUUUUUAACUUAAAAGUAUGUUCUCAUACAAAAUAAACGGAUGUGGCCUUUUUGAUCAAAUUAAGAGAAGGGAAAACAGACAGGCCACCAGCUCAGUAAAUUGCUUAGGUGAGACCUAAUUGGCUUUGUUUCGCAACAGAUUUACCUUUGUGCCGGUUAAGAAAAUCCUGAAAAGCUUUCCCCCUAAGAGGAUCGAGUGACUGGAAUAGUCUUAGUUGGAAGAAGCCAAGUUUUAUAAUUAACUGGUGAGCAGAGAUACUGGUUUCGAAUGCUCGCCAGGGAUCAGUGUGGCAAGGCCAGCUGCAGACUGGCCUCCUGGAGACCUGGUGAAAACGGUUCCCAGGGCCCCGGGGAUGCUGCUUCAGUGGCACUAAUGUGUGCUGUGGCCUGGGAAUCUGUAUUGUUAAAAGGUCUCCCUAGUAAUUCUAAUGCAUAGCCAGGUUUGGUAACCACUGAAUUAUGUAUUCAAUUUAGAGACUUCAGCCUUUUCACCCUGCAAAUCUGAUAAAUCUCUACGUUUAUAGGAAGCAUUUGUUGAUGAAUGUCCACUGGUUACUGCUGACUUUUUUCAGUUUAUAAUUUGUUUCUGGGUCUGUUAGUACCUAGAUUUGCAUACGUGUUUUAUGGUAUUCUAAUACUGUUGGUUUAAAAAAAAAUACCAUUUCCUCUGAGUGCUAUUUUGAAUAUUUUAUGUAAGCAAUUUCAUGUUUUUUUUUUCUACUUGCAGAAAGCAGGGGAAAACUUCAGGGUUUUUCUAAUCCAGUUGCAAGUAGGACAAAGGAUAUAAUAUGAAUACUUAAAGAUCUCCUUGGAGAUAUUGACAAUCUUUUAAGUUACAACAGUAGGAACUUUAUCACACCUUUAAAUAUAUCGGAUGAUCUAAAUGUUUAAGACUUUUGCCAUAUGGUAUAUCUGAGAUACCUUAAAAUUAAGGGUGGUGGGUCUAUUGAGAUAUUAUACUACACGAUUUUGAAGUUUAAUGUUAUCUGUAAAGUCACCUAUUAAAAUGCAUGCAACAGUGGUAGACAGUCUCCACGCGUUACCGGUCGUGCGUGUGCCCUUGAAGGGAAGCCCCCCUCACACCGUCACAGGGGACACCUUUCUCUAGCUCCAUUCACUGAAGAUGUGCAAGAUCUCUCCUUACAGGUUCGCAUCCUCAGAGGAACUUCAGAGUGGACUCCAUGACCGCCUCCGAGCUGACGCUUCCUGUCACCCAGUAGACAGUCUGGUGGUCCAGGACAUGCCCCGGCUCUAGUGAUGCAGAUUACCUUUCUGCUCCUGGCAUCUCAUCUGUGCCUCAGCCCUUCUCCCCCCCGCCUGAGACUGCAGAUAAAUUGGGAUGUGGGAAAGCAGGAAGCAAAGCUGGUGGUAACCGAGAGGCCCAUGUCUGGGUAGAACUCGGCCCAGGCGCACGCCGCCGCCUCUCCCCUGGUCUGGAGUGCAGCUGCCACGCUCUGCUGAUGUGCUCAGGACCAGCCUUACAUUUGUGCUUAAAUGGCACAGCAUUUGGUCAGCGCAUCUGAAAAGGAAGGUGUGAGAAGCAAAGCCCAUGGCCACCUUCCCCUGCCAAAUAUGUGGCAAGACAUUUCUCAGCCUGGAGAAGUUCACGAUCCACAGUUAUUCUCACUCCAGGGAGCGACCGUACAAGUGCUUGCAGCCAGACUGUGGCAAGGCCUUCAUUUCCAGAUAUAAGUUAAUGAGGCACAUGGCUACCCACUCACCCCAGAAAUCUCACCAGUGUGCUCACUGUGAGAAGACCUUCAACCGGAAAGACCACCUGAAGAACCACCUCCAGACUCAUGACCCCAACAAAAUGGCCUUUGGGUGUGAGGAGUGUGGGAAGAAGUACAACACCGUGCUGGGCUACAAGAGGCACCUGGCCCUCCAUGCGGCCAGCAGCGGCGACCUGACCUGCGGGGUCUGUGCCCUGGAGCUAGGGAGCACAGAGGUGCUGCUGGACCACCUCAAAGCCCACGCCGAAGAGAAGCCCCCUACUGGAACCAAGGAGAAGAAGCACCAGUGCGACCACUGCGAGCGCUGCUUCUACACCCGGAAGGACGUGCGGCGCCACCUGGUGGUCCACACAGGCUGCAAGGACUUCCUGUGCCAGUUCUGCGCCCAGAGAUUUGGGCGCAAAGACCACCUCACACGACAUACCAAGAAGACACACUCACAGGAGCUGAUGAAGGAGAGCCUGCGGUCUGGAGACCUUCUGAGCACCUUCCACUCCAUCUCUCCCCAGUUUCAGCUGAAGCCUGACCCGUUGUCUCCUUUCCCUAUAGGAGCUCCUGCACAGAACGGGCUUGCAAGUAGCCUGCCAGCUGAGGUACACAGCCACACCCACAAUCUCUCGGAGCAAACCUCCCAGCCUGUACAACCGCUGCCAGAGCCCCUGCUCCCCCUCCACCCCGUGGCCUCUCCCAGCUCUCCUCCCGCCCCCCUCCAGAAUCACAAGUACAACACCGGUUCUACCUCAUACUCCCCACUUGCAAGCCUGUCCCUCAAAGCAGAUACUAAAGGAUUUUGCAAUAUUAAUUUGCUUGAGGACUUGCCUCUGCAAGAGCCUCAGUCACCUCACAAGCUCAACCCAGGUUUUGAUCUGGCUAAGGGAAGUGCUGGUAAAGUAAACCUGCCCAAGGAGCUACCUGCAGAUGCUGUGAACCUAACAAUACCUGCCUCUUUGGACAUUUCCCCUCUGUUGGGCUUCUGGCAGCUGCCCCCUCCUGCUACCCAAAAUGCCUUUGGGAAUAGCACUCUCACCCUGGGGCCUGGGGAGUCUCUGCCCCAUCGGUUAGGCUGUCUGGGGCAGCAGCAACAAGAUCCCUCACUAGCCAUGAGCACUCUGAGCCUGGGCCAGCUCCCCCUCCCUCCCAUCCCCCACGUUUUCCCGGCUGGUACUGGUUCGGCUAUCCUGCCUCAUUUCCAUCAUGCAUUCAGAUGACUGGUUUUUGAAGCCUACUUGUCAUAUCCUGAAAGAUGUUUUAAGAAGCAUUUUAAACAUCAGUUAUCAUACAAGGAAAGAUUUGGAAAGCAGGACUGGGAAUAUGACUUAUUCAGUGAUGACUGACUUUAGAUAAGAGAGUUCUCGAACUGCAUGUGUUGUGCCAAUCUGUCCUGAGUGUUCAUGCUUUGUACCAAAUUUGACAAGCAAGUAUUCUUAAUGGAACUGCAACUGUUGUCAUAACCAACAUCCAAACGAGGGCUGCUAUAUCUAGGUGUUCGUCAAAUUGAAUUUAAUCAAUCAUAAGCCAUGAUCAUAAUAAUGUUAACUCAAUAACUUUGUGUGGCACUGCCUAGUAAGGGACCUACGGAAAGGUGUGGAUUCCUCCGAAAUGGAAGAACUUUUCAAAUAAGAGAAUACCCUUUGUGCCGCAUACUAUAACUAGGCUGUGUAUUUCUUUUCAGGGAUUUUUCUACCUUCAGGGUUGGAUGUAGUUUAGUCACUAUUGCCGUAGCCAACCUGUAGUUUUACAGAAACAAUUUCUUGUGGAAUAAUAGACGUCUCCAUUUUAAAACAGCAUUUUAAAUGUAGUUUGAAUAUUUUCCACAAGAUGCUACAAUGUGAGUUAUUACUUACUUCAUUUAUCUUAAAGACUAAACUGGUUGUCAGUUACAUCUGACAGAAAAAAAAAAAAAAUCACUGUGUAACCAGGUUAAGUGGUAAAAUAAUCCAGGCGUCAGUCAAAAAAAGCAUUUUGCUGACUUUAAUACUGAUUAUAUUUUUAACAGGAAUUUAAGAAAAUAUUACUGGAAUUUAAAUAUAUAUAUAUUAAAAAAACAAGAAUUUUCUUUGCUCUGUCUGGCUUAAAAUACUACUCUGCUUAAGUAUUAUUUUUAAUCACCAAUAAACGCAUUUAAAAUUCAUCAUUUAAGUCAAUAUUAGUUUUAUUCAAAAAGAUAACAUUUUGCAAUGUAAUUAUACUCUAUCUCUUGAAUUUGAUAUCUAAUGAGUUUUACAAAUAUAAAACCUAACCUUUUUUUAAAGCUUUGUCUUUUGUGUUUAGAGGCUUUCUAUAUGAAGAUAUAUAUCUUACAUAUAAUAAACUCUACAAAUCCUGCA